GGCGGCUGCAACAAGUCGUGCCCUGUCACCACACAGCUAGAGCAGGCGCCGCGCGUGUUCAGCCUACAGAUCGCCUGGCUGAGCAAUCAGGAGGCGCCGCAGGACAUUGGCUGCACAUUGGCGGCGCUGGACGAAACGGUGGACCUCAGCGAGGUGUACCAGGGCGUGCAGCCAGCGCUGCACCGCUACCGCCUUCGCAGCAUGGUGUGCUACUACGGCCAGCACUACCAGGCGAUGGUGCUGGUGCCCGACGCUGGCGGCUGGCUCAUGUUUGACGACUCGCGGGUCAGCGGCGUGGGCGGCUGGGCUGACGUGCGACGCAAGUGUGAGGCGGGGCACAUCCAGCCCAGCGUGCUCUUCUACGAGGCGGUGCAGGGCUGA